AUGGGGUCACCGAAGGAUGUAUUAGAGGGUGAUGAAAAGGCACACGUUGGCAAAAAGCUGCUGGCAGAAGCAUGUGAGAAGGAAGGACUGGAUGAUGCAUACUGGCUCCCCAAACUGUCAGAGAUACUGGGUGUCAAGUCCAGAGAAGCCCUGAAACAUCUGCAAUAUGAAGACUACCUUAAGCUGGAGUGCGAAGUACGGUACCCGUGGGAAACCAAGGCGCUCCGAAAACUCCUGGAACUAGCAGACAACAAAGCAACUUCUGAGGAGCUGCAGAAGGAGCGCUUGGAGGUGGCAAAGCAGAGACAAGAAGCAGCAAAGGUAGCCCUGAAGGAGCUGAAAGAAAUGCACAACAGCCGCAGCCACAGCAAGGACGUUCUAAGACAGAAAGAGGAGGCUCUGUGGCAAGCCAUGGAGAUUCCCAAGGAGUACUGGGCACUACAGGAGAAGUCUCUGGUGGAUGCGCUGGAGAGAAUCCAGAAGCAGCUGGAGCAGCAGGAGUUGUCGGUGGGCAGGGCUGAGAACGUCUCUGACCCGGAGGUCCUGAGGCGGGCGUCAGGGGGACUGGCCCUGCAAGGCAUUUACAGAACCAGCAGCCUUGCCGAUGUGCUGGGAAAGCGAGUGGACAUAAUUCCCGACGGCUUCAGGCUGGCCGGUCCAGAGCAAGGGUCGCUGCUUGAAAGGAAGGAGUUCUCCUCCUCUGCAGCAGAAGCCACUUUCACCAAGUCCAUUGAGCAGCUGGGGUUCAGCAUCAGCGUUUGUGCCAAAGCUGGGUUCUGGGGGUUUAAUGCUGAAGCUGGUGUCGAUUACAGCAGGUCCUCACAGUCGGAGGACACCCACCAGUCGCGCUCGGAACAGAGCUACAUUUGCACCACCAAGUACCAGUACAUCCCUCUGGCCUCCUGCUACUUCCAAAAGCAUCAGCUUCGCCUCUCGGAUGCGGCCCUGCGGGAGUUGCAAGACAUUGAGCAUCUUUUGAGCAUCACUCAGGAAGCAGACAGGCCCAACAUGCUGAGGAGUAGGUGUGCCAGCUUCUUCAGCAGGUUUGGGUCCCAUGUAAACCAGGGUCCCCUCCACUUUGGGGGGAUAUUCUGGUGGAAGGCAUCUACGGAAGGAUUCAGAGCCGAGCAGCGGGAAGAGAUGAAGCGACAAGCAUCUGAAGCACUGAACUGCUACAUCGAGGCCAGCUACAGAGGCUUCAGUGUCAGCGUGGCAGUAGACAUGGACAGUUCGAAAUCCAGCUCCCAGGCUUCUUUUCAGGGAAAAGAUGGAAGGAGGGCCCACACAGCGGGUCCUUACGUGACCAGCACAGGGGGCCCGCCAGAGAUGGAUUGCCUUCCUCAGUGGAAACUGGGGCUUGUAACUAAUAACACAACCUGGUGUGUCAUCGACCGAGGCUUUCAUAUGAUCCCCGUGUGGGAUAUAGUCCUGUUCAAUCACAGCAGUGAUUUUGAGUCCAGCUAUGAAAUGAGCAGCAGCCUCAGGGCUGCGUACGAAGCGCUAACGAAUAACAGUGUUGGCACCAUGUUUGGAGAGGAACUGGUCAGUGCAGUGGAAGAGGCCAGAGCUUUCGUGGGGAAGGUGAAGGGCUGGGAGGUGAUGGUGGAUGAAAGGAAACUGCUCACCCUGGUAGAUUUCAAACAGAAUCUGAAUGAAAAAACUGGAAACCACAGCGUCUGGAUCAACGUAUGCCUGUCAGCCAAGGCACUGCAGGAGUUCCUGGUGAAUACCGUUCUGUUUUGCAAGAAGUCACCUCCCGAAAACACCACCUACAUCAAGUCUCUGUUGAGGUGCCUCCUGGAUCCUCAUAUCUAUUCUGUCAAGGACUUCCCCAGGUCUUCCUUCGUUAUGCAAUGGAUCUUCCAGACUGAGUACGCGCUUCCUGAAACUCCCGAUGUUUCUGAGCUUGAAGAUCUCACCAAGACCCUGGUGCAAAUGAAGGAGUACAUCCAGGAAGUCACCUACGCACCAGAGACCUCUGCAUCUGCCAUUCAUGAAGCAAAGAUAAAAGCCACCUUGACUGCAAGCCUAGCUGUUUAUUCCUUACUCCAGUUUCUCCGGGAAACAGCACAGAAAGACAUAGAACUGUUGGUGCUCUUAAUCACGACCAGCACGGGAUACCAGGUGGAAAGUAGCACUUUUCAGUACCUCCUUGGAUGUCCAGAAAUCAACUUCAUGAUAGAAGAAUUGCAAAUGGGACAUAAGGAGUAUCUGAGUCUGAAGGAGCAAGAUGUUUACAGAGCCCAGGCCUUCCUGCUGCUGACGGGUCUAACUGUAACACCCAAACAUAAAGGGGUGUCCCCUGAGCAGAAGAGUAAGUGUUUAGUUCUCAUGGAAGAUCAGAUGAAAAACUUGUGGUCCACAGAGAUAAAAACUCUCCUGGAAAAGCACAGUGCAUUCAAAGACUGGGAGAUGCUGGAAAGUGACUUGCAUUCCUUCGUUGACGGGCGCUUGGAUGACACACGUGAUGGUCUGAAGAAAUGCAGUAUAAUCCAAGACAUGGAAGACAUUUUUCAAAGACUAGAGCCUUCCAGUCAGUCCAAAUGCAAAGCAGACAGCAGGGAAUCUGAAGCAAAUCCAGCCUUUGCAAACCAAGAGUUCCUCCACUUACUUAAGCGCCUUGGACUAGAAAGUCACUAUCCGAGAAAAAUGGGGACGGAAGAUUUCCACAUCAUAUACAAGACAAGUUUACAUGACAGCCAGCCCAGCAAGGACAAUGAACUACCAUUUUACUUCUUGCAAAAGCUAUUAACUGUGGAUUAUCGGGUGAGGUACCUGACUUGCAAGGAUGAGAGCGACCCAGGACUCGCACCUGUGCCAAAAGCCACAGAGCAAGAGCAUGAACCCUCGGAUUCCUUUGAUGACUUUUUGGCUGCUUUGGAGGAAGGCAGCCCUGAAUCUUCAACCAGCGACAGUCGUGUGCACCCCAUGGACCUGCAGAUGGCAAUUUUUCAUUGCGCUGAUGAUUUCAUGAGACAGUACAUUUCCACAAAGCUUGCUUUCUGCCAGUUUGCGCUACCUCUCCUGGUACCAAACCCCUGCACUUCACAGAUAGAGUUCCCCCUCUGGUCCCUCAGCCAAAUCAAAAAGAGCUGGAAAGGGGCUGAGAAGUCAGGGAAGCAGGCUGGAAUUAUGAGUUACAAAAACAAACUCAUUUGUCAGGCAGAGACACCCAUUGUGUCCUUCAUCCGGAUCGGCAGUUCUCCCUCCUCUUCCAAGUCUCAGCUCCUGAAUGCUCUGCUGAGCAAACAGAAGCAUGACACUUUUUUCCACCGACAUUGCAAAGGCAGCACCAAAGACUGUUUGCUGAUGAAAGGUGUUGUGGAGAUCUCCUGGUACUGUCCCCGGGGUAGCGACGAUGACAGCUUUGACUGCUGUGUUGCCUUCUGUAACCUGCACGGAGAUGCAAGGGAUCACGAAGAGCAGCUGCAGUUUUUGCAGGAGAUAUCUGCUGUGAACGUGGCUCUCGUAUCCGAGUCUGAUCAGAGUGACAAGAAAGGGAUGAAAAUCUUACGUGACCUGUGGCAGUCGCAAAAGCCUUUGGUUUGCCUUUUCACUGAAAAAGAGAAUGUUGCCGCUGGCCGAUCUAGCCAAAACACAAGAAUAGGUAUCAAGAACAGAAACAAAGCAGAAUUGAUGGACGAGCUGAUAAAAACAAUUAAGGAUCUCCUGCAAGGCUCUAAUACUCUUUUCAGCCUGGAUGCCUGCCUGGACAAAGCUCGCAAGCACGGAUUCUUAGUCGAUGAAGAUGCAGACGCCUGCGUGAUAGCCAAAGAACAGGCAAAGGCACUGGUGGAGCUUCUGAAGAAAGAGAAGUUGUCUGAGAUCAAAUCACAGCUCCUGCCUCUUCAAGGAAAACUAUGGCACAUGUGGUGCAAAAAGGACAAAGAACUGACUCGCUUGCAGGAAAAGAGGAACAAGAGCAUAGAGCACCAUCGGAGUCAAAUUGAGUCAGAGAAGUCAGCCAUAAGAAGGAAGCAACUAGAGAAAGCAUACCCCCUCAAUCCGCUGAUGAAAUCAGUCCUUGGCUUUCUCCAGUCACAGCCAGCAGAUACCAAGAAAUACUUUCUGCAGUGGAUGAAGGUCUUUAUGGAUGACCUGUCCUCCGAUCGCCUUGACGAACUGAGGAAAGACUAUCACCAGCUAUGGUCUCAAAUCCUGGCAAUAAAGAAAAGCAAUGAGAAAACUGAUGUGAAAAGUUGGAUGCUGAGUAAGUUAGAAGCCCUCUCCAAUGAAAUCAAUGAUUCAUCCAUCGGCCUGGAGCAUAUUUUGAGAGAGGUAGGGCAGAUUUACGAAGCUCUGGAAUCAGUGGAUAAAUGUUUUGUCAAAUUACCUGAAAUUGCAGCUGAUCUGAUGGUUUCAGGGUAUCCUGUCGAGCUGAUGGAUGGGGAUGCUUCUUACGUACCAUUACGAUGGGUCGGAGCAAUCUUUGACAGAUUAAUUGAGAAGCUAGGGGACAAACGAGUAUUUGUUCUCUCAGUGAUUGGCAUUCAGAGCACGGGGAAGUCAACCCUCUUGAAUGCCAUGUUUGGUCUUCAGUUUAAUGUCAGUGCAGGGCGAUGCACCCGGGGAGCGUUUAUGCAGCUAAUUAAAGUGGAUGAGAAGCUGCGACAGGAUUCGGACUUUGAUUACAUGCUAGUUGUCGACACAGAGGGACUUCGUGCCAUAGAGAUGGCCAAUAAACAGUCCCUUAAUCAUGACAACGAGCUGGCCACCUUUGUCAUUGGCGUCGGCAACAUGACUCUGAUCAAUAUCUUUGGAGAAAAUCCUUCAGAAAUGCAAGAUGUCCUUCAGAUCGCUGUGCAGGCUUUUCUGCGGAUGAAGCAAGUAAAGCUCUCCCCAGGCUGCCUGUUUGUACACCAAAAUGUGGGAGAAAUCAGUGCCAAGGAACAGAACAUGGAAGGACAAAGACGUCUGCAGGAAAAGCUGGAUGAAAUCACAGGCUUUGAUGUGAACACCCACAUUCACUACUUUGCUCACCUGUGGGAAGGAAACCCGCCAAUGGCACCACCCAACCCCACCUACAGCCAGAACGUCCAGGAAUUGAAGAGCAAAAUUCUCCAAGCUGCCAAGAAGGAGUCGCAGGGCAGCAUUUUGAGGCUCUCGAGCUUGAAAGUUCGUAUUACUGACCUCUGGAACGCUUUGCUGAACGAAAACUUCAUUUUCAGCUUCAAGAAUUCAGUGGAGAUUGCUGCGUACAAGAAGCUGGAAACUGCAUUUAGUCAGUGGACCUGGCAGCUGAGGAGUCACAUCUUAGACUUGCAAAUGAAACUGGACAAUAAAAUUCGGAAUGGGGACUUGCAGAAGGUCACCAUAAAAACCCUUGAAGAUCUAGUGCAAGGGACAAGUGAUGCCAUCAUGAAAGACAUGGAAAAGUAUUUCAGUGAAGACAGAGACCGUGAGAUACUGGUCCAGUGGAAAAGCAGCACGGAACUGAAGCUGAAAGAACUCAAAGAGUCUCUUCUUCUUGAAACCAGAAAGAAGUGUGAGAAUCUUCUUGAAGUAAAGAAGAACCAGCGCAACCUGGAUGAAAGGAAGUCAGAAUAUGAAGACAAGCUCCUGAAAAGGAGUAGGCAGUUGGCUCUGUCUCUCAAGGGCCAGAGACUAAGUGAAAGAGAACUGAGAGACAACUUUAUUUCUCUCUGGGCAAAAUGGGUUGCUGAAGUGUCCUCUGCUGCUCCCCCCCUAGAACAGGUUGAUAUAGAUGUGGAAAUUGAAGAUGUCCUUCUAGAUCACUUUAAGGAGCCGAACUUACAUGCACGAAUCGGGGCAGUUCCAGAAAAACACAGAGAAUUUUCUGUUGAUGUGAAGAAACAUGUUGCUAAGAAGAAACAUUGGGGCAUCUUGCCUAUGAGCUUUGAUGACGCUGAUGUGAGCAGCAUGCACCGCAUUACAGAGAACAUCAUAGCGUCUGUGAGGGCAAACAUUGAUAAGAAGGAAAAGGAGAAAAGGGAUUACAGUCGAAGUUUUCUUCAUGAAAUACUAAAUGAAGUACAGAAAGGUAUGAGCUCUGUCCCUAGCAAUGCAAAAUACAGUUUUAAUAACAAUUACAGAAUAGAUUUGUCACUGUAUCUGUGCAGAAUGGCAGCAGAAAGGUUUAAAGACAUGCACGCGGCAUUCAGAAAAGCAAAUGAUCCAGCCAUCUACCUGGAGAGCAAGAGAGAAGAUUUCUUUAAAUGUUUCCAGAUUUCCUGCCAAGGAGCCACUUCUAUCACAACAUUUGCUGUUUUUCUGUGCGACAAGAUUGCCCCAGCUCUUCACCGGGCAGUCUAUGAGAGGACAGCGCUUGACAUAGCUCGAGACAUGAAGAGUAAAAUCCCGGACUUCAGAGGCAACAGAUCCUGUCUGGAAGUUUGCAUACUGAGAUACCUGGCACAAGAAGAAAAUUUUGAGAAGUUCAAGAAUUACCUUCAGUGCCCAGGAGACUUUUUAGAGACGUACAUUGAGACACGUGUUGAGAUGUACUGCUUAGAUAAGAACAGGAGGCUGGAGAAGUUCUUAGAUGACUCCCUCACUCACUGCUAUGAAAGCAUCCAGUCAGCAGUUUUUGCAUCAACCAGAAUUGUCAAAGACAGAAAAGACAGAAAUGACAAAAUCUCUCUUUGGCUGGAUGAAUUCUGCAGCGCACUUGGAGAGCUGCUGAGCUUGCCCAGAAGGGACCUGAAGGGCAUUGAGCAUCAAGAAAUAACAGACAUAGAGUUCCUGAAUAACGCCAUGACAGAAGCACUGACUGCCCUGAAAGAGCGUCUCAAGGAAGAGUUUGUGAGUGCCGAUAUGAGCUCGUUCGAAAGGCAGCCUCACACCAUCCUGGCCGAGCAGUUUGCAGGGUGCUGGGAGAAGUGUCCCUUUUGUGGGGCUCUUUGCACAAACACCAUGCCGAAUCACGAUGGAGACCAUCGCCUUGUCUUCCAUCGUCCGCAAGUAUUGACAGGAUACAGGUGGCAUAAAACAGACAAUCUGGUCAUUGAUAUUUGUUCUAGUAGCGUUGCAAGUGAUUGUUUAUUCAGGAUUGGUGAAGACAAAUGGAUCCCCUACAAGAGCUACCGUGAUGCAGGAUCACAGAGACAUGGUGCUGAUCCGUCCAUGCAACUGUACUGGAAAUGGUUUGUGUCUCAUUUCAGGAGAGAGCUAGAAAUAUGGUACAAUGGGAAAUUUCAUGGCAAAGGAGAAAUUCCUGCUUUGUGGCAGAGAAUUACAAAGCAGGAAGCACUUGACGAACUGGAGAAGCUUUAG